CACAUUGGUCAGCCCAGGAAGUUACAGGUGACAAGAAACUUCAACAGCAAAGAUCCUCCUUGUGUGAUCAGAAUGGCAGAGGAGUGGGGAAAACAAGUCUUUGCUGCAAGGCGAAAUGAAGACACAACGAGAGGCUCUGCAUUUACCUACACAAACAGCAAUCACACCAAAGAUCCCUUUGAGGGUCCUAACUACCACAUUGCUCCUCGAUGGGUCUACAACGUUGCCACAGUUUGGAUGUUUAUUGUGGUGGUUCUAUCCGUCUUCACCAAUGGCCUGGUCUUGGUGGCCACAGCAAAGUUCAAGAAACUGCGUCACCCACUGAACUGGAUUUUGGUCAAUCUUGCCAUAGCUGACCUCGGAGAGACGGUUUUCGCCAGCACCAUCAGUGUGUGCAACCAGUUCUUUGGUUACUUCAUUCUGGGACACCCCAUGUGUGUGUUUGAGGGCUAUACCGUCUCCACUUGUGGUAUUGCUGCUCUUUGGUCUCUGACCAUUAUCUCCUGGGAAAGAUGGGUAGUUGUGUGCAAGCCUUUUGGAAAUGUCAAGUUUGAUGCCAAAUGGGCCACAGCUGGAAUCGUCUUCUCCUGGGUCUGGUCAGCAGUUUGGUGUGCUCCUCCCGUCUUUGGAUGGAGCAGGUACUGGCCUCAUGGACUGAAAACCUCCUGUGGACCUGAUGUGUUCAGUGGAAGUGAAGACCCUGGAGUGCAGUCCUACAUGAUUGUUCUCAUGCUCACAUGCUGCAUCCUUCCCCUGGCUAUCAUCAUCCUGUGUUACCUUGCUGUGUGGCUGGCUAUCCGCGCUGUUGCAAUGCAGCAGAAGGAAUCAGAGUCAACCCAGAAGGCUGAAAAGGAAGUGUCCAGGAUGGUGGUGGUCAUGAUCCUUGCUUACUGUGUGUGCUGGGGACCCUACACCUUCUUCGCCUGCUUCGCUGCGGCCAACCCCGGAUAUGCCUUCCAUCCUCUGGCUGCUGCCAUGCCUGCAUAUUUUGCAAAGAGCGCCACAAUUUACAAUCCUGUCAUCUAUGUCUUCAUGAACAGACAGUUCCGCACAUGCAUCAUGCAGCUCUUUGGCAAACAGGUGGAUGAUGGAUCUGAAGUUUCCACAUCAAAGACAGAGGUCUCCUCUGUGGCUCCUGCAUAAACCUCUUUGUCCUCAUUUUGGGAAAACACACCUUGACCUGUACAGUGAUUAUGCAUUGGUUUAUUUGUCUUUUUGUAUAAAUAGCUUCAUGGCAAAUGUAAAAAUGUAAAAAAAAAACCAAUAUACAUUAAAUGAAUGCAUCUCAACAA